CCUGGAAGUUGCGUCGCCGGGAGAGGGGCGGAGCUUUCCGGUGCGAGGAAGGUGCCGUUGCCAGCAGCCUCCCCGGGAGGCACCGGCAGGCUCCUCUCCCUCCCUCCGCUCCCCUUUCCCGGCCAUGCGGCCGCUCUGAGCCAUGGGCGCCAGCGGCUCCAAGUCCCGGGGCCUCUGGCCCUUCGGCUCGGGCGGGCCGGGCGGCUCCGAGGGGCCGGGCGGAGACCAGGCUCUGGCCCGGGCGCGGGGACUCUGCUCGGCCACCCCCUUCGUCUUCACCCGCCGCGGCUCUAUGUAUUACGAUGAGGAUGGUGACCUUGCCCAUGAGUUUUAUGAGGAGACAAUAGUCACCAAAAAUGGGAGAAAGCGUGCCAAGCUGAAAAGAAUCCACAAGAACCUGAUACCUCAGGGCAUAGUGAAACUGGAGCACCCUCGGAUACAUGUGGACUUCCCUGUUAUCAUCUGUGAGGUCUGAGCCAUGGAGGGCAGUGUGAACUGUCAGUGUGUGCGAUCAAGGCACCUUACUUGCCCAGUUUUACUGUACCUCACGUAAACCAAGCUAGGCAGCCACGUCUCCCUUCAGAGUGAUGGAUCAAGAGCACAGACGCAUGGUUAGCUUUGAAGCUUGUCUGCUAGGAUGAGGCGGCAACGGCUACGGCACUGACGGCAUCAUGGGAUCUUAUAAUCAGGAAUAGCAUUGGCUAGGGAUGUGUGUUGGUAGGACCUGUGUCACGUGAGAUGUUUGGCCUUGUUUAGUGACCUGCUCAAAAAAAAUCCCCCUUGCUGAAUUGAGUAAAAUCCCUUUAUCAGCCUUAGGUGGCAACAGAUUCCAAGUGUCUUGAGACCACGGAGAACCGACCUGCACCUUUUUCUGACCAGGUGGCCUGCUUUCUGAGUUCUCCAUCAGUAUUCUUUAAAUGCUGACAACGAAGUUUCUGUUUAUAUGCUGUAUAUGAGAGUAAAGGUGAGCAGUAAGCGGCUUGUGCUUCUCCACCCCUUUCCUCAACGCAACAUAACUGAAUAACCUAAUGCUGUACUGUACUUGGAGGGGUGGAGGAUGAUAACAGAGCUGUACCUAACAGAGUUGUCUAAGGCAGGGUUCCCUAUUGAAACAGACUGAUGUGCAAGCCUUGCUCCCCCUCUCUCUAAUAUCUUCCUAGUGAGUUGCACUAUUUCCUUUGCAGGCAGUGUCUUUUUCAACUUCACUGCUUGGAAAAUUCCACUGACUUCUUCCUAUGCUGUGGCACAUCAGUAGAGGCUGUUGGCAGUGGCAGCAGCAUCUGAGCUUGCAGUUUUCCUGUGGAGCCUUACCAAACAGGCCACCUCUUAGAAGGCGUUUCUCGACAGGUUCUGGUUUCAUUCCAAAGUAGACUUCCUUCUUCUGAAUCUGCAUCUUGUGACUGGGUUGUAUUCAACUGGCUUUUACAUGGGAGUAUUCCCAUUAAAAUUAAUAGACCAUGGUGAAUUGGUCAUGGUAAUUAAUUUCAGUGGGUUUACUCUGAGUAAAAAGUGGAGAGUGCAAGGCAGAUUGCCAUUUCCCUCCCCACUCCAUUCUUACUACUGACAUCUCUCUCUCUCUCUCUCUCUCUCUCUCUCUCUCUCUCUCUCUCUCUCUCUCUUAAAACAGAAA